AAACAGGAGGCACACGACUACUAUAAGUAUAGUGUUUGUCAGGUUUUAUCUCGAUAAAGCUCUCAGCAUAAUUCCGCGGAAUUCGUACCUCCCUGCCAAUAUGUCCAGUCAAUGUUCUGAAGCUAUUGUGUCUUCUAACCUGCCUCACCGAAGACAUUCUGCUCAAAUCACUUGUAUAGUGUGCUCCAAUCAAAGUGCAUUCAAUAUAUUUUCUAGAUGCCUACAUUGCAUCUGUAACAAUUGCGUGGAUUGUGUUGCUGAAAGGGAGGUGUUCAAGUGUCCUCUCUGUGAUGAAAUCAGCCCAAAGCUAUAUUUGAACGCAAUUCUGGCCAAACAUGAUGCUCUUCAUGCGUCUCCUAAUUGCACUUGGUGCCAAGACAACGGAGAGUCUACUAAGUCUGUUGGUCACUGCAAGGAUUGUGAUAACUGGCUGUGUGCAGAAUGCGUUAAAGGGCAUAACAGGAUGCCUCCUUUUCGGUCACACAAUGUCGAGAUGUCUUCAGACACCACAGAUCGAGGUAUUAAUUGUUCUGUUGUUUGUAUUACAGAUGCGCUACGUUGUGAAAUUCAUCCAAGGGAAACGCUUGAACUCUUCUGUGAAUCAUGUGGGGUUCUUACUUGUCGAGAUUGCCAGUUGUCUGUUCAUAGAGAGCAUGGAGGUCAUCGAUGGGUGGGUGAAAAGGCCGCCUUGCUCCGUGGCCCCUUGGAGGAAGCUGCAAAGGAAUUGACUAAACAGAGGAUUCGCCUCCUCCGUGCCAACAGUGAUGCCCUAAAUGCCCUUAAAUUUGAUCAAAAAUCGGAUAGUACUGGGAGUAUGGAAGCUAAUGUUGCCAAAGCCCUGUAUGAUGUGGACUCUAGGGCGGAUGCAUUAAUUGCUUCUAUUAAUAAUCAUAGGCGCUUAUUAAAGGAAGGAUUAUCACUUAAGGCUAAAGAACAUAGGCAACUUCUUAGAAGUGCCAUUGAGAUCAUGAGAAAACUUCAGGAUCAAAUUGAUUUCGCUCUGAACUUCGAAAAGCGUUUGGUAGACAAUGUAGAUGAUGACCCAGCUAGUUUGGUCCAGUUACAUACAAGUCUAGAAGCUCUUUUGCAUCGCUUAUCAUCUCGAGUUUCUAGGAUCGUUUCCGACUCUCCUCCCUCCUUUGAUAUGGAAGCAGAAUAUGACGAUGAGCAAGCCAAACUCGCUAAUGCCACGGAUUUAUCUCAAAAUCCUAGCGCCUGGCGGCAAAAUUCGUUAGGGUGGAAAGCAUCAAUGUCUGCUCGUGUUGCUCUUCUUGGAAAUCGGGAUCCCGAUGAAUUAGCACGUCUUUCAUGUGCCGUGUUUUGGUUUCAAGAGUCAAAAAAGCGAAGUAGACAUAAAAGGCCUGCUGUCGAAAACAAAAUAAGUAAACUGCCUAAUGAUUUUGAAAGUGGUUCCGAUACUGAGUGCCCGUCUUCUCCCGUGUCCGCAGGGAAGAAAAGACCAACAAGAGACGUAUGUUUAAAAUCAGAACACUCACAAUUUCAUAAUAUUUAUUAUCUCUUAUGUUUUUUCUCAUUAUGUAGUGAAAAUGUACUUGAGUAUUUAUACAUAAUGUCCAAUUGGUUCAUCCUUAGUAGUUAA